AUGUGCCAGACGCCGAAUACAGUCCGCACAUUCACUGACUCUUCUUCCUUACAGUUGGCCAAGUACAUGAAAUUGGACCAAAAGGGCAAGGUGCUUGCUGAGUACAUCUGGAUUGAUGGAACCAACGGCCUUCGAAACAAGACCAAGACCCUGGACAAAGCCCCCAAGAGCGUCGACGAUCUCCCCGAAUGGAACUUCGACGGCUCGUCCACCGGCCAAGCUCCGGGCGACAAUUCUGAUGUCUACAUCCGACCCGUGGCCAUGUAUCCCGACCCAAUCCGUCUAGGCGAAAACAUCCUGGUUAUGUGCGAGACUUACGAUCCCGACGGAAGCCCCAAUAAAUAUAACUAUCGUCAUGACGCAGCGAGAUUAAUGGAAGCCAACGCGCAGCACAAGGUGUGGUUUGGUCUCGAGCAAGAAUACACUCUCUUGUCCGUCGACGGCUGGCCGUAUGGCUGGCCCAAGGGCGGUUUCCCCGGUCCACAGGGCCCAUACUACUGCGGCGUGGGCACUGGCCGUGUCUAUUGCCGUGACAUCGUCGAGGCACACCACAAAGCUUGCAUAUAUGCCGGUAUCAAUAUCUCAGGUACCAACGCCGAGGUGAUGCCCGCUCAGUGGGAAUACCAGGUUGGUCCUUGUGAAGGCAUCAGCUUGGGUGAUGAACUCUGGGUCUCUCGAUGGCUUCUCCACCGUAUCGCCGAAGAAUUUGGCGCCAAAGUCUCGUUCCAACCCAAGCCUAUCCCGGGUGACUGGAAUGGAGCUGGUCUCCACACCAACGUGUCGUCCAAGGAAAUGCGUAACGAAGGUGGCAUGAAAUACAUUGAGGAGGCUAUGAAGAAGUUGGAGAAGCGUCACCUUGACCAUAUGAAGGUCUACGGUGAAGACAACCACCUGCGUAUGACUGGCGCACACGAAACUUCCAGCAUUGACAAAUUCACCUGGGGUGUUGCCGACCGAGGGUCGUCGGUUCGCAUUCCCCGAGCCUGCGCCCGUGAAGGCAAGGGCUACUUUGAGGACCGACGACCAGCGUCCAACGCUGACCCCUACCAGGUGACCGGAAUGAUUGUUGAAACUCUUUAUGGUAGUUUGCCCGCGGAGAAAUAG